AUUUAAAUGUCUCAGAAACCUUGGAGGUCAUUUGCGAGGAAUUUUGAAACACCAAGAGUGAUGCCUCACGAAAAUAACUACAUCGUAAAAACGCCUAAACAAAAUAUCACAAUCAAGUUGAAUACGAUGAACUUACAAGCUGCGGUACCUGGCAAGAGCAUAAACCAGGACUUAAUGCGCUGGCACGAGAACUUGAAAGAGAGGAUUAAAUAACAACAAGAAGGUGUAUCAGCUAAGAAAGAAGCUUAACAAAGGGAAAGAGAUUAACCUCAUCAGGGCUUACAACCUAAAGGUACAAAACAAAAUCAAGCAGAUGCAACAGAUCAGCCCUGGUAAGAAGACAAAGCAGGUAAAUCCUAAGGUAGAGAGCCAGUUAUCCAAGAGCUUUAUAAAGCAUUUGCCUACCUGCCGGUCGUUCAAAUAAGGAACCGACAGAGAGACGAUCAGUCAGGCCUAAAGUUAGGAUAAAUAAUCCUCUUAGUGGGACGAAAGAGAAUAUAUCAGCACAAGAGAAAAUCGCUCUACAUGUCCCAGAAGAUAAGCAUGCUGCUUCGUUUAUCUUCGAGGCAAAAGAAGGAAAGUUACAUCUUAAUGAGUUGGAGAAUGAAGAUAAAGGCACAGAUAUUCGUGGAUCUCGUAGUUCCUACUCUAAUUUCACCUCUCCUCGUCCGACACAUUUUGAUAAUACCUUUACGCAAGGUUUUUGACGCAGAUCUAAUAGUAACUUCAGGGCAUUCAAACGGAAGAUUUUUCAGAACAGAAACUCCAUGUGAGAAGGUUUAGCGUCUUCUAGUUGUCAAGAAACUAAUUUUGAUGCAAUGAAAGUUCUUAAUUCCAUCAGAAAAUUUAAUAGCUCUAGUCUUCUUGGGAAUGAAGAGGAGCCACAGAAGAAAAAGAAGAAAAAGAGAGGCAGACUGAACCUCACCAGUCGAUGUAAAGAUAAUAUCAAUAUAUCAUCCGACAACGCUUUGGUGACGGAUGAGCAAGCAAAUCGGCAGAAGAAGAGGAACAGCUACCAUACACAAUUGCUAGAGAACACCUUUGCAGCCAAUAGUUUGGUGGAAGCUGGGCUGAUAGAUGACCUUAGCGAGCUUAGACUACCAAAGCUGAUGAAGGCACCUUUUAAAACAAGAAUGAUAGAAUUAGAUAAUUCAGAGAGAAGUAUUUAUAAAAUGGCUGAGAUAAAUAAAACCCAGACAGAAGUUUCUCAUGCAUCAGCUCCAGUUAGUAAGAAAGCAAGUCUUGACAAAGCGGUAGAGGAUAUGAUAUUCAAAACAGAUUUGGCUAAGCUAAACUCUGUACUAAAGAAGAUUAUAAGUAAUGACCAAAGAAUUAACAGGCCUUCUUUAUACCAGAAGCUAUGUGUUAAGCUUACUUAAGAUUAAAUUGGUGCUGAUCGUGAAAGAAUUUAUGGAAAUCUUCAGCUAAGAUUUUGGGCUAUGUGAGGUGCAGAGGGAUGUAGGAACAGUGUAUAGGAGGUGUGAAGAGGAGAUAAUAUAUCAUGCCCUUAUCCCUAUUAGAUGAACUUACAUCCUAAUGUAGCUCCUAAGCUCUAUAUUCAUUGAC